CUUACACGUUUAAAUAUUUUAUAAAUACGAGAUUCACUGGAUGAUGAAAAUUCUUCAAAUCUUACAUAGUAAAUUUGUUUAUUUUUGUGAUUGUAAAGCCUCCGUUACUUGAAACUGAUUCCAACUGUUCACUACAGUCGGUAAGGAAGACUGUAGUAGAUUAUUUUUUGGUUAAGUAUUUCUCUUGUUUACAUUUUGAUUUCAAAACAAGAGUAAGGGUAAUGUUGUUAAUCACAUUUUCUUCGUGUUUUUUCUCCACAAUCUGUACUAAUUUUUUGCAAAGAAAUAUAAGUGUAUAAAGUUUAUUGUAAAUAAGCAAACAAUGUUGUGAAUAUUUACGCUAUGGAAAAUUUUGGAAAAUAUAAUUUGUGCUGUAAUCCUCUACAAUUGGAAGAUCAUAGAGUGAAAAAUGGUCUUCGACGAGCUUCUGUGACUCAACAAACUGCAUAUAAUUUAAGUACUAAUAACUAUCUCUGUACAUCGUGCAGAAAAGCAUUAAGUUUACAAAGUACUGCAUCUAGUCCUGUUGCUGAGAUUAACACUCAUGUUGAAGAGCAAUUGGAAGAUAAUCGUACUGGAAGUACUCUUUCAUCAAUUUCAAACAUUUCAUCAGGGUUAGAAGAUUUUAAUGAAGAACUGACAGCACAAACCAGUAGUUUAUCUGGAUUAAGUUUAGGAACAGUAUUGCCAGUGGUCAAUGAUGCAUUUGCUUUACUAAAUCAAUCACCUAUUAAAAAAAACAUGUCGAUAACCAAACGUAUUUAGAAAACAAAGUCAAAAAAGUAUGAAAAAUUGAAUACCUCUUUAGGAGUAAAAAACUUUCUGAUGAUGAAAUCAACUCUCAAAAUUUCUUAGAAUUGCUCGAUAAAUUAAAAAAUAAAUUUAACGAUAGUAAUACGCAACGAUGUGAAAAAAUUCAAAUUCUUACUCUUUUACCUGAAUCAUGGGGAUUAUCUCGAGUAUGUGAAGUAAUGGGUUGUACAAUAUAUAUGGCGUCAAUUGCAAAAUCUCUUCGAGAUAAAAAAGGAAUUCUUUCAACUCCAAAUGCCAAAUUAGGUCGACAUCUAUCAAAUGACAUUAAAUCUAAGAUUUUAAAAUUUUAUGUUAGUGAUGAAAUUAGUGUAAAUAUGCCAGGGAUGAAAGAUUAUCUUUCUAUUAGAAAUGAUGACGGAAAACGUGAGCAUGUCCAGAAACGUCUCAUUCUCUCGAACUUAAAAGAGUUAUAUGAACUUUUCAAGGAACGUCAUCCAGAUUGCCGGGUUGGUUUUUCAAAAUUUGCAUCAUUGCGUCCUCAACAUUGCGUGCUUGCUGGUUCGAGUGGAACUCACACUAUUUGUGUGUGUUCUAUACACCAAAAUGUCAAGCUUAUGAUGUUAGGGUGUAACUUGGCAGCACUUACUGAACAAUUAGCAACACCAUUACUGACGUAUAGUGACUGCCUGAAGAUAAUCAUAUGUCAAAACCCUACCUCUGAUUGUUUCUUUUACAACUGUGAUAAGUGUCCAGGAAUACAAACUUUGAAAGACUUACUAUUAAAUGUAAGUAUUGGAUUUCAAAUCUCCGUACGAGCUUAGAGACAUUUGUGAAAACUUCAUCAGAUUUUGUAGACAGUUUUUGUGAGAAUAUCACAAGUCUUCUUCCUCAUAAUUAUAUUGCUAAAGAGCAAGCGAUUUAUUUGAGGUCGUUGAAAGAAUCAUUGAAGGAGAAUGAAUUUAUUGUUAUCUGUGAUUUUGCGGAAAAUUAUGCUUUUGUUAUCCAAAAUGCUGCAUCUAGAUUCCACUGGAAUAACAGCCAGGCAACUGUUAAUCCAGUUGUAAUUUAUUAUAAAAACAACAAUGAGCUGGUUCAUAAGUGUCUAGUAAUUGUAUCAGAUUGCUUAUCUCACGAUGCAGUUGCUGUUCAUGAGUUUACAAGAAUCACCACUAAUUUUAUCAAAGGUCUUUCCAAUAAUAUCUCAAAAAUUAUUUACUUUUCUGACGGAGCACCCCAACAAUUUAAAAAUUUCAAAAAUUUUGUAAAUUUUCAUUAUUAUGAAGAAGACUUUGGAAUUGAAGCUGAAUGGCAUUACUUUGCAACCGCAUAUGGGAAAGGACCUUGUGAUGGAGCUGGAGGGACUUUCAAAAGGAUGGCAGCACGAUCAAGUCUUCAACUUCCGUAUGACCAACAAAUUUCAACUCCUGUCGAACUAUUUGAAUGGGCGGAAAAACCAAAUUCUUUACCAAAUAUAAAUAUUGAAUUUUUUUCAAAUGGAAAGUAUGAUCAGGCUAAAUUUUUAUUAGAUCAACGAUAUUCACGAGCAAAAACAAUCACAGGGACGCAGAAAUAUCAUUGCGUCAUUCCAGACGGAAAAGAUACUUUGCAAUUUAAAGAAUUUUCAUCAUCCAGUGAAUCUCGU